AUGGAAUGGACUGCUGCGGCGGCGUCUAACGCAUCACGGGCAGCUCUGACGCGAGCGGCUUCUGCGCUCGUCGCCGACAUUCGCACCGACACGAAUCGCGAUGGCCACGUCGACAUGGAGGGCUUGACCGACGUGCCAGGCAAGCACCGCUGGACCGAAUCCCGUGGCGCGCUUUUCCUCGCCAACAUCGGUGAUACGAACCGCCGAUGCGGCGAGGAGCUGCAGGGUGAUGCGAGUCAAGUGUCGGACGAAAUCCUCAUGGCUUGCCACGAUGCCGCCGACGACACGCAACGGGCCCCCGAGUUCCUGGCCCCCAUACGUACCGUGCCGUUGGAAAAUCUCGACCCUGGUGCCUUUGGCUUCAUCUCCAUCGUCGAGGAGCAUUCCCGGAAUCUCGUCCGCCUCUUUCGCCAAAGUGGAGGCGACUGGCAGAUGCUUAAGAACGACACCUUUCUGACGGCCGACGACCUGUCCCGACGGCUGGAGCUCGGAAUCGACGCGAGAGACACGCGAAGGCCUGGCUGGGAUGGCCGGGCCACCGUCGAGUUUUCCGUCACCAACCUCACCCAAACCUCGACCGACACGGUGGCGCUGCGCGUUGCCCCGCUGCUCACCCAUCAUCACGUCCAAAAACCGGAAAAGGUGUUUACGAGCAAGCUUACGGGAAUCGGACGGGAAUUCGACGAAGCGCGGGCGACGAUAGACAAAGUCGAGAGAAUAGCCCGCGAGGCACGAGUGCCCGUCCACCGGAUUAACACCAACGACGUCUGGACGCAAGACUACUUUGAACCUACCUACAUGAGCAUGCCGGGGCCAAAGGGGUCCGUCGUGAUGCACGUCAUGGUUUCGACCUCCAACGCCGGCCGCCAGUUAGGCUCUCAUCGUCUCGUAUUCCAGGAGCUCCGCGACACGGGAAUCGGUGCCGUCCAAUACUCCCCCGUCAAUGCUUGGCUGAAUCUGGAUGAUUUCGGCAAUCUCGAGACCAUCCCGCCUCACGUUCAUCCGGUAAACGGAAAAGAGUAUCCCGUGGGUCGCGUCGUCGCCGGUGGCGUCGUGGGGAAAAAGAUGCCCGUCGUUCUCGACCUAUUCCGAGCGCAGGAAGCGCAGGAACCCCUGGUGCUCGACUCGCUGUGGCUCCAGGUCCAGCAUCUCGACGAGUUCCUCCAGUUCCUUCCUGCGAACACGACGCGCGGCUGGAGCAUCAUGAUCAACGACCCCGAUGCCGGCAUGGAGCUCGUCAGGGAAGCCAGAGCCGCCGGUCUGGGCUCGCAUGCCUUCUUUACCCACGCGAAGAUGCCGAACCCAACCGUCGAGACCAUCUUGCAAAGCAUAUACGAGGAUGCCAACGAUAGGGCUGCCAAGAGCAUUGCCUCGACAAUAGACCUUCUUCAGAAGGAGACUGGCAUUACCGACCAAGAAAUCUUUCGCGUUCCGGCCUUGUACAAGUGGGGGGGGUUUGAUCGGGGCCCGAGGAAGCGACGUGAGCUGAGCCAGUUUGAUGCCCGCAAGACGCACGCAACGGACAAGAGGAGUACGGAGGACGCGUACAGCGUCGACAAGCUUCAGGUAAUCACAAUGGUCCCCAACGCCAUCAACGGCCUCGUUCUCGGCAACUCUCGAUACGUCGCACCCAAGCCCUGGGGACCGAUCGUGCACGAUGUCGACAUCUUCGAGAGAGCGGUUCGGAACGCGUAUAAGAAGGCAGGCUUCGACGUCGAUUUCGUCGACGACUGGCUCCUCCAUUCCGGCGGAGGGGACAUCCACUGCAUCACCAACACGGUUCGGGACGCUUCAGCCGAGUGGUGGAGGUGGUAG